AUGAAGGUGAAUUCAUUGAUUAGCAUACUUACGACUUUGUUUUUAGUCGGUGUAUGUCAAUGUGUGGACAUUAAAACGUCAUGGGAAAAUGUUAACUACAUCAGGUCGAUCGAUCUUUCAAGAUCGUAUGUUAAGGAAAGCUGCUUAAUUGAGGCCAAGAAUACCAAUAACAAGCCACAGGACGAAUACUUCUUCACGGUCAAUGAUGGGUUCGGUAUUGUGCCUAAUGUGUCUGUGAUUUCUGUGUCGAUGGUUGACCAGCCGGUUGCGAUUGACGCGAUAGAGGUCGAGCAUGGGGUUUACAAGUUGAAGCUUCCAGCGCCCGUGGCGCCUAAUUCGAAGGUUGAUUUGAAGGUCCGUUACGUUUACAUAGAUACAUUGAGCCCAUUGCCAAACAAAUUGGCGAUGGAUGGCACUCAACAUUUGUUGGUGAAGUUGAACAAAUUUGCGUACUCGCCGUACUUGACGAAGACAUACACCAUGACGUUCACGGGGAUUCUGAAGGGCCAGGAAAUGGAAUUGCACUUAGCGGGCAACCAGGGAUACGAAUUCACGGAAAAUGCCCCUGAAUUGAAACCAAAGGUGGAACACAAGUCGUUAGUGUAUGGGCCAUUAUUGACCGAUCUUCAGCCAUACACUGUUCAGCCAAUGGGAUUGUUAUACGAGCACAACAGACCUUUAGCGAAGGUUAACAAUUUGGAAAGGUCUGUCUGGGUUCCUGCUUCCAAUACUGACAACUUAGCCAUUGAGGAGUACUAUGAAUUAACUAACAAUGCUGCCGAGUUAUCCACUGGUUUCCUGAGAGUAGACUGGAUGCAAGGCAAAUACGAGACAACCAGAAAUCACUGGGCACUUUCUCACUUGCAAUUCCCAUACACCGAUAUAAAUCAAUUCGAGGAUUACUACUUUACUGAUUUGGUUGGUAUGGUUUCCACCCAUUCGGUCAGCUUAAACAACUUAUUUUUGAGACCAAGAUUCCCUCUUUUCGGUGGAUGGAAUUAUAAUUUCACUCUUGGCUGGAACAACCAAAUUAAGAACUAUAUUCACAAAUUGAAUGAUGAGCCUGACACCUACAUGGUAAAAUUCCCAUUGUUGAACUCCAUCAAAGAUAUCACGUACGAGAACGUCUCAUUAAACUUCUACUUACCAGAAAGUGCAGAAUUUGUGAAUGUUUCUUCUCCAAUCGAAUUUUCAUCCAUUGAAGUGGGCAAUGAAUUAUCCUACCUUGAUGUAUCCAAGGGUCAUAUCAAGGUCACUUUGAAAUACAAUAACAUUUUUGACGACUUGAGUAAUAUUGAUGUAUUAUUAAUGUUCAAAUACACCCAAGUUAACUACUGGUGGAAGGUUAUGAAAAUAUCUGGAUUCAUCUUUAUUGGGUUGACCAGUUAUUACUUGUUAAGUUUAAUUGAUAUUUCAAUUGACAAGAAAGAUAAAUAA